AGCCGCCUCCCGGGCAUCAAGGUGAAGUACCUGCUGGUGCUGUGGCUGGGCAUCUUCGUGGGCAGCUGGGUGGCCUACAUGCACUACGCGUCCUACUCAGAGCUGUGCCGCGGGCACGUGUGCCGCGUGAUCAUCUGCGACCAGUACAAGAAAGGAAUCAUUUCUGGCUCCACGUGCAAGGACCUGUGUGAGGAGCGCAGCCUCCUCUUCCAGCACUGCCUCUCCUCCUCUCCCACCCAGCAGGUUUACAGCGGGCUCUGGAGGGAGACGGAGGUGAUCAUCAAAUGUGGCAUCGAGGAAGCCCUGAAGGCAGACGGGCACCCAGACUCUGUGCCCAGGAGGGACGUGGUCCUCUUCGACAAGCCGACACGAGGGACGUCGAUGGAUGAGUUCAAAGAAAUGCUGCUCAACUUCCUGAAGUCCAAGCUGGGAGAUCAGCCUUCCCUUGCAGCCCUGGUGAGCCGGAUCAUCGGCAUGGCAGAUGUGAACCGGGAUGGGAAAGUGUCUUUAGCAGAGGCCAAAUCUAUCUGGGCUCUACUUCAGCUCAACGAGUUCCUUCUCAUGUUCUCCUUGCAUGAGAAAGAGCACACUUCCAAACUACUGGGGCACUGCGGGGACCUCUAUGUCACCGAGAAGAUCCCCCACACCUCCCUCUAUGGGGUGGAUGUUCCCCCGUUCCUCCAGCCGCUGCUGCCUUCGGUCGUGCACCAAAUCAUCCACCAGUGGUUCGCUCCAGCGUGGCCCCGGCGGGCGAAGAUCUCCAUCGGCCUCCUGGAGUUCGUGGAGGAGAUCUUCCACGGGACCUACGGGAACUUCUACAUCUGCGAGGCCAGCGUGAGCAACGUGGGCUACAACGACAAGUACGACUUCAAGAUGGUCAACCUGCGGAAGGUGGCGACGGAGAUGACAAUCCGAGGCUUCCUCAAGGGGCGUCACUGUGAGCAGAACGUGGACUGCACCUACGGGAAGGACUGCACGGCCACGUGUGACAAGCUCAUGAAGCAGUGCAAGAGCGACGUGGUGCAGCCCAACCUGGCCAAGGUGUGCGGGCUGCUGCAGGACUACUUGCUGUACGGGGCACCGCUGGAGCUGAAGGAGGAGCUGCAGAAGCAGCUCCGAACCUGCAUGACCCUCAGCGGCCUGGCCAGCCAGAUGGAGGUGCACCACUCCCUUGUGCUCAACAACCUCAAGACCUUGCUCUGGAAGAAGAUUUCAAACACCAAAUACUCCUAA